AUGGAAAAACUUGAGAAGGGAGUAAAAGAUAAGAAGGCUGAUGGGGGCAGAAAGACAGAUGGCUGCACCCCAGGAUCAUGGCCACUGAGGAUGCUCCUGGUGGGCAAAUCUGGCUGUGGGAAAAGCACUACAGGGAACAGCAUCCUCUGCCGACCAGCAUUUGAGUCCAGGCUCGGAAGCCAGUCAGUGACCAGGACCAGCCAGGCAGAGACUGGCACAUGGAAGGGAAGGAACUUCCUCAUGGUGGACACGCCCCCCACCUUUGAGUCAAAUGCCCAGAACCAAGACAUGGACAAGGACAUUGGAGACUGCUACCUGCUGUGUGCCCCGGGACCCCAUGUGCUGCUGCUGGUCACCCAGCUGGGAGGCUUCACAGCUCAGGACAUCAUGGCUGUGAGGAGGGUGAAGGAAGUCUUUGGGGCAGGAGUCAUGAGGCACGUGAUUGUCCUCUUCACCCGCAAAGAGGACCUGGUCGAUGAGACCUUGGAUGAGUUUGUGACCCACACUGACAACCACAGCCUGCGCAGUCUGGUCCAGGAGUGUGGGAGGAGGUACUGUGCCUUCAAUAACAGGGCCUCUGGGGAGGAGCAGCAGGGGCAGCUGGCAGAGCUCAUGGCCCUGGUGAGCAGGGUGGAACAGGAGUGUGAGGGCUCCUUCUACAGCAAUGACCUCUUCCUCUAUGCCCAGGUGCUCCUGAGAGAAGACCACAGUGAACAGCAGGAAUCCCGCUGGUGCUACCUGGCCAUAGUGAGGCAGGAGGUGGAGAAGCAGAGACAGCAGCUGGGGGAGCAGCCAUGCAGCUGGGUCCCCAAGGUGCUGCUCAGAGGCAAGGAGGGGCUGGCCUUUCACUGGGAGGAUUCUGGUGUGGUCCAGGCUUCUAUGCUCAGCUCCAAGGAUGUCUGGUCUAAAUACUUUCCCCUUCUCUUUACCAGUGACAGAUUCAGAAAAGAGCCUGCAGGCCCAGCCAACCAAUGA